UUUUAUACAUCAAAUAUGUUUUUAAUUAAAAAUAAAAACAGUAUUUUACUUGCAACAAGUGGAGCAAGAUCAAAUAUUUUAAAUAUGUCAACAAAUUUUGUUGCUAAAUCUAUGAUUGUUAAAAAAGAAGAAGUUGUUAGAUUCAUCAAAGAUUGUAUGAUAAAAGCUGGUGCAAAUAAUGAUGAUUCAAUAAUUGUUGCUGAUCAUUUAAUGACUGCUGAUUAUCGUGGACAUUUUAGUCAUGGAAUGAAUAGAGUACCAAUGUAUGUUACAGAUAUACAAAAAAAAUUAACAGAUCCAAUUGCUAGACCGCAAAUCAUCAAUGACUAUCAGGCAAUUGCAUUGGUUGAUGGACAAAAUGGUUUAGGUCAAGUUAUUGGUAAAUACUCAAUGGAAUUGGCAAUUGAUAAAGCUAACAAAUUUGGCAUUGGAAUGGUAUCAACACGUGGAUCAAAUCAUUAUGGUAUAUGUGGUUAUUACACAUUAAUGGCAGCAAAUGAGGGUCUAAUUGGUUUUAGCUGUACAAACACAAGCCCACUUCAAGUACCAACAAGAAGUUGUGAAUCAGCACUUGGUACAAAUCCAUUAUCAAUUGCAAUGAAAAGUAAUAAUGAUGAAUUUGUAUUGGACAUGGCAACAACAGCUGUUGCAUUAGGAAAAAUUGAAAUAGCAUCAAGAAAGAAUGAAAUACCAGAUGGUUGGGCAUUUGAUAAAAUUGGUAACAUGACAAAUGAUGCAAAUGAAGCAUUAGAAAGUGCUAGAUUAUUACCACUUGGUGGUAUUGAAAAUAAUUCUGGUUACAAAGGUUAUGGUCUUGCGGUUAUGGUUGAAAUUUUAUGUGGUAUAAUUAGUGGUAGUAAAUUUGGACCAAAUAUACGUAAUUGGAAAACUUCAGAUGGUAUUGCUGAUCUUGGUCAUUGUUUUAUUGCAAUAAAUCCAAAUGUAUUUUGUCCAGGUUCACAUGAUAGAAUGAAUAAACUUCUAGAUCAACUUCGAGGUAUGCCAACAAAUUCAAAUGAACGUGUUAUGGUUGCUGGUGAUCCAGAAAACGCAUCAAUUAAACAUGUUGAUCAAGUUGGAGGUAUUACAUAUCAUGAAAAUCAAAUUAAAGCUUGUAAUGAAUUGGCUGAGACACUUGGUGUCAUGAAACUUCAAUUGAAUCAAAUUUAAAUUUAUUAUUUUACUAUCUAAUUUGUUUUUUUUUUUUUUUUUUGUAAUUUAACAAUUGAAUGAACAAUAAAUUAUUGAUCAAUUAAAAAUAUAUUUUCCAAUUGAUUAGCUUGAUAUGAUUGAUAGAUUUUAACACGUCAAUGAUUAUUUUUUAUUGAUGAUGAUGAUGAUUUUGUGGUAAUUAAAAAUGCAGCAAUAAAUUUUACGCAAUGUAUUUUGUUAGCCUUGAUUUUAUCUUUUUUCAUUUAUGAUCUUAUUAUUUUUUAAUCUCAAAGAGAAAUAUUUAAAUAAUAAUUUUAAGGAUUUCAUUUUUUUUUGUUUGGUCAUUGAUAAUGUAAUGGUAAACAAGUGGGUGAUAGAGGGUGGAUGACAUUUAGCCUUGUAAAUACAUGACAAACAAACUGGUCAAAGAGUUAUCAUCAUUUAGCCUUC